AUGGCUUUCUCCAAAUCCUUCACUUUGGCUUUACUUGUUGUUGUGACAAUGAUAAGCAUGAACAUUGAAGCUCGUGAUCUUCUGGAAACAACCACAUUUUUACAUACUACCAUUCCAACUUUACCAAAACCAUCUUUGACAGAUUUGGAUGUAAUGCCAUCAUUGCCUAAAGGAAGUCUUCCACCAUUGCAAACUUCCAUCCCAUCUCUUCCGAAGCACAUCAUGCCAUUUCCCUUUCCUUCGACUGAUCCAACUAUCGAUGUUCCACCAGUGUCCGCUCCAGCUACUGCUCCAGUUUCUGAUACUCCCAAAUCACCCCCUUCCUUUUUCUCCUUCUUCCCAUUUUUCUCCAAGACUCCUUCCACCUCUAACCCUUAA